CUCGCCCGGCCACGCCUCCCAUUUUGAUUGUAUCACCGUCUGUUCAGAUGACGCACUGAGCUCCAGUGUGUGAAGAUGGCUCUUUUUCCGGACGAGGUGGAUGUUUUUACUGUCCCACACUGGCGAAUGAAGCAGCUGGUGGGCCUAUAUUGCGAAAAGUUGUCAAAAACCAACUUCUCCAACAACAAUGAUUUCCGCUCGUUUCUUCAGUCACUUUGCGCCACCUUCAAGGAAUUCAAGAUGCACGAACAAAUAGAGAAUGAGUACAUUAUCGGCCUGCUGCAACAGCGCUGCUGCACGGUGUACAACGUGCACUCCGACAACAAGCUCUCAGAGAUGUUAUCCCUCUUUGAAAAGGGGCUGCACAACGUCAAGAGUGAAUAUGAGCAGCUUAACUAUGCCCAGCAGCUGAAGGAGAGACUAGAAGCUUUCACCCAGGAUUUUCUGCCCCACAUGAAGGAAGAAGAAGAGGUGUUUCAGCCUAUGCUCAUGCAGUACUUCACCUAUGAGGAGCUCAAGGACAUCAAGAAACAGGUGAUAGCACAGCACUGUAGCCAACAGCAGUGGGACUGUGCCGCUGAGGUGCUGAAGGGCUUCACUUUGUGGAGCCAGGCAGAGGAGCUGCAGAAGGCCUUUAAAUACGCUGAUCACGAGAAGACAGAUUAUGAACUGGAAAAGAACGGCAAUUCUUCAACCCACAUCUCUCAGCUUCCUACAGAAAUCUUGCUGAGGCUGUUCCUCUAUUUGGGCCCUGAUGAUCUGUGUCGCUGUAGUCAAGUGUGCAGCUCGUGGUCAGAGCUGGCCAAGACCGGCUCUUUGUGGAGGCACCUCUACCCUGUGCGCUGGGCCAGAGGUGAUUAUUAUAGUGGUCCCCCUGGAGAUCUGGACCAGGACCCAGACGAGGACUGGGUGAAGAGUCGGCAGAAUGAGGGUCGAGCCUAUCAGGAAUGGGACGAGGACGCUGAUGUUGAUGAGUCUGAUAUGUCGGGCCAUACACAGGGCUCCCUGGCAAUUAGCACUGCUAAGCGAGAGAAGAGGCUUCUGAAUGGGAUCAUCCAGAACCUCUUGCCAGUCGUCGGGCCAUCUGUCAAGUCCAUUGUUCUGGCGUACAGUUCUACUGUCUCAAGUAAAAUGGUACGCCAGAUCCUCAGUUUCUGCCCCAAUAUCACUCACCUGGACCUGACCCAGACUGAUGUUACAGAUUUUGCAUUUGACAGCUGGUCCUCUCUCGGAGCCUGUCUGUCUCUGGAGCACCUGGAUUUCUCGGGUUGUGAGAAGAUUACUGAUCACACCCUGAAGAAACUGUCCGUCGGCCUGGGUGACCUCACGUCUUCCACCUGCUUCGACAAACGCUCAGACCGACGAGCCAAGCUCCUCAAAAGUUCUCCAAUACCCAUCACGCUUAUGGAUGAGAGAAGCCUACAUCCAGUGGGGCGGAAGCAGCAGGCCAUGAUUUUCAAACAAGGGACUGGGCGUUGGGGCGCUGCUUGCACCCCCACACGAGUGUGGGUCCUGGACACCUCAGACCUCGCUGAUAUUGAAGAUGCAGCAGAGUGGAGCCGUCGUGAUGGGCUGCCUCUCCCUGAAGCAGAGAGCUUUGUAGAGGCACAGCUUGUGGGAGGCUCGUGCUGCUGCAGGAGGAGCAGGAGGCGUGGGCACAGGACUGGUUCCAAAGCCUCCUACUUGCAUCAGCAGUAUGCCAUGUCUGGGGAAAUGUUUUGUGGUCACUCCACCUGCUGCACUAGUGACACGGCCCUCAGGACUUUUACUGGGCCCCAGUGCGAGUCAGGCCCCACCAGAAGCAGCACUGCAGAAUUUCGGACUAAAUGCUCCUCAUCUAGGGGCCUGCAGUGUGUGGGCCAUGAAAACAGGACUGACCAUUCAGAGGCUAAACGCUCACUGAGAUUUCUCAGCCUCUCUGGAUGUUACCAAGUCACAGAUUUGGGCUUGAGGGCUCUGUCGCAGCGCGGCGGGCUUCCUCUCCUGGAGCAUCUCAACCUGUCUGGCUGCCUCUUCAUCACCGAGGUGGGGCUGCAGGAGCUGGUGUCAGCCUGUCCUUCGCUCAAUGAUGAGCACUUCUAUUACUGCGACAACAUCAACGGUCCCCACGCAGACACGGCCAGCGGAUGCCAGAACCUACAGUGUGGUUUCAGGGCCUGCUGUCGCUCUGGAGAGUGAUCCUGCCAAGCAACCAACUCUCCCUAAAAUGUCACGUCUCCUUUUUAUUGCACUUUAUCCUGGAAAUACCGGUUGCUGUAUUUUGUGUCACUUAUAAAAUUGUUUCUGGAUGAAACUGUAAUUUUGCUCCCGUUAUUUCCGUUUUCCAUCUAUAUUAAAUGGAAAUAAUCUUUUAGAUAAGGAAAAGCUAAAAGAGGUGAUAAUGGAUUUGAAGUGUCUGAAAAUGUACAUCCUGGGUCCUUUCUUGGAUUUGAGAAAUUUUAAAGAAACGAGAGAAGCAUAAACACCAAGUACUUUGUGUUUUCUGUAGUUAAAAACCCAGUUUCUUUUUGUCAAUAAAACUAAACUGAUUCUUCUCCUCCCCCUGCUUGGUUUAGUUGAGCUGUUUUAUAAUCAACACAGUGUAGACUUACUGACAAAAGUGAUGUCUUCUUAUUUCACCUUAAGUGUAAUUUGUUUGAAAGCGUGAUAUGGCAAAUUUAAGAAGUGAACUGAUCGCUGCCUCCUCUUAGAUUGUAGCUGACUGUUGCAGUUGGCUGCCAUGUUGUUGACAGUUACGAGUCAGCACAUAUUAACAUAUAAUCCCACUGUACAUGGAGGACUGUUUGAAAACCCCUGUGUUCUCUAGUUCACUGUUGAUGCCGGCACAGCUACCGUUAAGUUACUGAGACAUCAGCGAAAGAUGAACAGACAUAGGGUAUAAAACAUAAUGCUGCAGCGUAGUCUUAACCAUUUUGUGAUACCAGAUGUUCAUAGCCACCAAAAAAGGCGUUGUGCUUUUUAUUUUUCUUCUUAUGCACUCCAAUGCUGUGGGCGAACAAAUGGACCAAUGUUCUGUUCAUGUAAGAGGGAUUUUAAUUUGUUAAACACAACAAGAGAGUAUAAUUAGAAGCUGAGAGGGAAAUUAGAUGAAUAACUUCAGACUGGGAGGAGUUGACUACUGACUACUGUUGACUACUACUCGGUCAGCUUUCAGUAGAUUGUACUUCAUCUGUAAUCAUUCUGCAGCAGGCUUUCUUUGCUCGUUCAAAAGUCUUGCAUGAGGAGUUCGAUUGGAGAUGUUCAAUUAAUUAACAGAACAAUAAAAGUAUCUUGGGGUUCAGA